AUGACAUCAGCUACGUUGCAUCAAGCACUCCACCAUCCAAAUAUCGUCGCUCUCUAUUCUGUAUUCUCAACAUCUACCGCGCGAUACCACGCCCUUGAACUUUGCCCUGGCGGAAACCUACAUGAUUUUCUUUCUUCACGAGACCCACCGAUUCUGCCAGAAGCAGAUAUUCGUCGUCUCCUCAAAGGCAUGGCGAAUGCCCUCCUUUACCUCGGGAGAGAAAAGAUAGUUCAUCGAAACAUAAACCCAACAAACAUCUUAUUAAUUGGAAAUACCGAACCUGUGAGUCGAAUGCUUGUCCAAUCCGGAUUUGAAUGGAGGGCUUCAUUGGUCAGAAACUAUCCGACUUCAAAUUUGCGACACCUAUCGACUCUCCUGAUGAUGUCCUAUCGGAAAUAUGCGGCCUCGAGGAGUACGCUGCACCAGAUAAGAUCCCAUUCUCGUUAUGGCUUCCCAGUAGAUGUAUGGUCCCUUGGAUGCGUCAUAAAUGUGUCCUUUCUAGGGCUGCAGACGUUGAAAAGCUGUUCUACAGGUAAUAGGGAUGAAGACUUGUCUUCUUGGCCCCAAAAUGCUGCAAUAGAGCUAAAAAGUUUACUGGCUGGCCUCCUUGAAGAAUGCCAAAAAACUCGACUUGAACCGUCACAAAUUCUAUCGCACCCGUUCCUGUUGACCCACCCGCCGAUCGGCAGAUAUUCUGCAAUGAAAGAAUCAAGCUGUCCUAAAACACUGUCUCUCCAGCAAGUGCAGAUACCAGCGCUGCCGCGACGACGUUCCCUUCAGCACUUGCUGACUGAGAAAAGACCUGGUUUUGCUGGUCUUGACCUUGGCAACGUAGCUUUGAAGGCACUCAUAUCUCGGAGAGUCGUUUCAGAUCCUAUCCCAAGCAGCAACGCUCUUUUGAUUCGAGAUCACGCGCAAAAUGAUCAGGCAGGUUUCGAAUUUUCUUCGUUGACUGGGGACGAGCUGAAGGCUGAUCGCUUACAAACAUCUAACCACAAGCAAUCAACAUCUUUCGCCGAGAGACUACAAAUAUUUGCACACAAUCCAGAACAGAAUGCCUUGAAGGAAGCUUCAGAGCCAAAUUGCGAGGUAAAAUAUAUUCCUCCUCUUCACGCGACAAAACCACAGCCUGGUCUCCCUAUCGGGACGAGUCGACCUUUGCCUUUCAACACUUCCUUGCUAAAUCCCAAGACACAUAAAUCUGCCAACGGGCAGAUAACAAUUCUCCCCUCGCGUUCAUUACUGAUCGACUUUCGUGAAAAUGAGCGCAGGCGGGGAAUGAAGGGUGACGAUGUUCUCUUGGUCGAUUCAACCGGAACUAUGAUCAAGAUAUACAAAGCGCCCCAUCUGAGUGUACCGUGCUGUUUGGUGGAACCGACAGCCGAGUACACCAUUCAUACUCUACCCUCAAUGUACUGGAAGCAGUACAACGAUGCAGGUCGACACGUGCAGCAGAUUAAACAACGUACUCCCAAGCUGACGCUGCACACAACCAACUCAAAAUGUAGUAUGAUGGCGAACGGUCCACUUCCAGAUAUUGAACUUCUAUUCGAACCUGGCGUCCCGGCAGAAUUUGAGUUAUCAGACAAGAAUCUUAAUGCGUCCUCCCUGAGAAUACGCCUUUCCCGGGAACAUAGGUCUCUGGAGUUUGCGCAGCACGUUAUUGGCGAUAGAGGACCCGAAUGGACUAAGCAGCUGAUUCCUUGCCUGGAGGUGCAUCCGUUUAUGUCUGAAUCGAUCUGGAUGAACUUGGAAGACGCGAAAAAAAAGGCAAUACAGCAGAUGUCACGUUUUCUCAGGCUGUGCGAAACAUUGGAAACUGCUACUGACGACUGGACUUCGCGGACGGCAACUGUCGAUAAUCUUGCUGAUGACGGUGUUGAAAAACUGAGCGAUGAUUUGAAGGGACUCGAUAGAACGAGGUCAACGUCUAGCAUAUCUUCCUUCCAAAUUCUGCCACGUCCUCCAAAGUUGUCUACUGGGCCACGAAGGGAUACUUGUUCGCCACAAGGCAAGGUUUCGGACGAGGGCGACGGGCAGAAUUUGGUGGGUACAAGGCUGCCUGCCUCCUUGGAUAUCCACAGAAGACUCGACCUUGGACUAACUUCUGGAGGCAAUGCCGCGUUCAAUGACCUCGUACCUCAGGUAGGGAAGAUUACAGGCCCACUGGAAACUCGAUUCCUCUCUUCCGUCGGAUGGUGCACCCAAUAUGGAUCGCCAGGACAAUCACCACAAGGCGAGAAAUACAAAGUUCUGUUUUUCGAUGGGUCGAUGCUUGAUAUUGACCUUGACAAGGGAUGGGUUGAGCUUGUGGACGUACGUGGUAAGGAAAUCCGGUAA